UUGCUUUUUAGCGUCGCAUCCCUAAUUUCAUGCGAAACUCGGAAGAAACGGAAAGGGUUCUUCCAUGGCGAGCAGAGGAUCGAAGGGAUCCGCCGCUGCGGGUGGCAUCCUCAAGCCCUCUGAUCUGCAGAAGUUGAACCUCGAUCAGCUCAAAGCCGUGAAGGAGCAAUCCGAUCUCGAGGUUAAUCUACUCGAAGAUAGCCUCAAGAAGAUCAACGUCGCCGCCGCCCGCCUCGAAGCAGCUGCCGAGGCCCUCAAUGAUCUAUGCCUCCGACCUCAAGGGAAGAAGAUGCUGGUUCCGCUCACGGCAUCGCUCUAUGUUUCCGGGACGCUCGAUGAUUCUGAGAAGAUCCUUGUCGACGUUGGCACCGGAUAUUUUAUCGAGAAGACCAUGGCCGAAGGCAAAGAUUAUUGUGCCCGGAAACUUUCCUUGUUAAAAUCAAACCAUGAUGAGCUCUCAGAGAUGGCUGCCAAGAAGAAAAACGUAGCGGACGAAGCCGGUCUGCUACUGCAAGCAAAAAUCAAGCAGGCAUCCACAAGUGCGUAAAUUUUAGGAUUUAAGACCUACACCAACUUUAAGAGGUGAACCUUUGUACCUGCACCAGUUUUUAUUACAACUAUUUUUAUUACUAUUAUUAUUGUUUUAAGGGGUUAAGGGAGAGAGAGAGAGAGAGAGAGAGAGGACUGUUCUCGAGUGAGGAAAAAAACAAUAUCCAGGAUUUUGUCACGGAGAGGGCAGGCACUGGACCUAACAAAACAAGUUCUGCUUGACCUUUCGAAUCAUCUCCAAGCAAGCUUCGGCCCUUCUGAUGGCCGCCUCCACACUGCUGCUUCUACUCUUCUUCCCACUUCCAUCACCAACUCUUGCUGCUGCUGACGCUUUCAUCUCCUUGUUCUUCCGAUGAUGACCCUCCUGCUCCUCCUCCUCCCUCCACUUUAUCUUCCUCUUUCUAUUGGACGACACUGCAAUGCAGAUCGCGACAUGCUAUUUGGUGUGAGAAAAAUGGAAAGGAGAGGAAGUUAAGAACUGAAACGUCAAAACCUUGUGUCGGAGCAGUAGAAGUUGGGGUAAAACUCAAGGCAUUAUCGUCGUCGUCACGAGCAGCAGAAGCAGGGCAGAAGAAGAGUUGGGCGCAGGAGUCGGGAUGGGAGAUAAGGGAUUGGAGCUCGAGCUUGAGGCGGUGGAAACGCGAGGGGUGUUUGGCUUCCAGAACCUCCAGCUCUUCUCUCGCCUUCUCGGCCAGCCACGACUCGAACGCCAUGCCCCGACAGAGAUGACAUGGUGGCUCCUGAUAUGCCUGCUAUUUAUGGAUUGGGGAGAGGUUCGAAGAGACACAAAGCCAUCGGUUCAGGUUUUAAUGGCAGAGUUGGAACACGAGCGAGCAAAGCGGCUUUGGGCGUCGUUCAUGAUUUCCCGGGAACAACCCCCUUUUGCCGCCCUUUUUGUGGCAGGUUUUUUCUUUUAAUUUAAAUUAAUACGAUAAUAAUAAUACUUCAAUGUUAGAGUUUUUGUUUACUAGUGAGGAUAGAAAUUUACCUCCGGGG